CAUAACAUAUUGACUAUUGUACAUGAUUAAAGUUUAAGGGGAUGAUAACAGUAUUAGAACACCAUUGUGACUGCACUAAGCUAGCAAAGGGGCUAUUUCAAUAUAGAUUUAUGAUUAUGGUGACUUUAGACCAAUUCUGGAAGUUUAAAAAUAGUAUUAGAAAAAAGAACUUUACAGAGAUAAUAAUGUGUUUAUUUCUGUUGGUUUUGAUAUUUGUUUACUAUUGUGUCGACAUUUUUCACAUAUUACCGUGUAUGUAUCGACUACCGUCAGUUUUGUAUUUAACACACAUGCUGUCUCUGACCUUUGUGGUUUUCAACCUGCUAACUAAUUUUUUAGCUGUAAUGUAUGCUGAUUCAUCAGUGAUUGGCCGUUUGCUUACUGUGUCUGAAUACACAUCAAAAGAAGAUAUUACGUACUGCUAUAUUUGUCAGUGCGAUGUUCCUUUAAGGUGUUGGCACUGUGACAUAUGCAAUAUCUGCAUAUUGACUAGAGAUCAUCAUUGCACAUUUAGCACGACAUGUGUUGGUCAUUAUAACAGAAGAUAUUUCUUGUGGUUUUUGCUGUAUUUAGCUGUGGCCAGUUUUUACGAGAUAAUCUUAAUUGGUUAUUAUACAUACUAUAAAGUGACAAUUAAAUUUUCAGACUUGAUAGUUUUAGUACCAUUUCAAUUGGUUUUAACAGGUUUUCAUUUAACAGUAGGUCAAAUUUUUGUAGUUUUACUGACAUUGAAUUUUAUAGCUGUAACAAUGUCUUCAUUGUUGUUAAUUUAUCACCUAAAUAAGGUAUGCAAAGGUCUGGUAUGUCAUGAUAAACAAAAUAGUAAUUAUGAUUUUGGUUUAGUGCGUAAUUUGGAAACUGUUUUUGGGAAAAAAUGGUAUAUAACAUGGAUUUCCCCAUUCAUUAAAUCUAAAUUACCAUACAACGGAAUUGAUUGGCAAAGUCAUGUUGAUCAAUAUAAAAGAAAAUAAAUCAAUUUUUAUCAAUAAAAUUAUAAAAUAUCA